AUGCCGGGAGCGGUUCAGAAGGCUAUAAAGUCACAGUGUUCCCUCCUGGCCCCGAGAAGUGUGCCAGCCAUGCAGUGGGCAUCGUACAUCUUUCUCUCCUUGCUUCCCUUCUGCCCUGCCUUCCCCACAGAGGCAGAGGAGACCUCCAUUGCCACAGGCAGUGCCAAGAAGGGUCUUGUCCUGGGAGUCUAUGCCACCGAGAAAGAUGAGGCUGUGCAGCUGACCAAGGCUGGAGAUGCUUUCGAUCAGGUCGUUUCUGGAAAGCUCAAGGAAUUGCUGUCAGUCUCGGGGCCUCCCCUGAAGAAAGGGAAGACACGCAUCUUUCAUGCCUUGCAUCAGAACUUCUCCAGCGUGGUCGUUGUUGGUUUAGGGAAGAAGGGAGUCGGAGUGAAUGAGCAAGAAAACUGGAAUGAAGACAAGGAGAAUAUCAGGGCAGCAGUUGCAGCUGGAUGCAGGCAGGUUCAGGACUUGGAGUACCCUUAUGUGGAAGUGGACCCCUGCGGAGAUCCCCAGGCUGCUGCAGAAGGAGCCUUCUUGGGAGUCUACGAAUACGAUGAAUUUAAGCAGAAGAAGAAGACGGCGAUUGACAUUCAGCUGCAUGGAAGCAAUGGAGCUGAGGCUUGGCAGAAAGGCCUGAUCUACGCCCAGGGCCAGAACUUGGCCCGAACCCUGAUGGAGGGCCCAGCAAACCAUGUCACACCCACCAGAUUUGCGGCAGUUAUCGAAGAGAAGCUGAAGAGCGUCAGCAGCAACGUGACGGUCCAUGUAAGGGAUCGGGCCUGGAUUGAAGCCCAAGAGAUGCAGUCCUUCCUCAGCGUCGCCAAGGGCUCCGAGGAGCCUCCGGUCUUCUUAGAGAUUCACUACAGCGGCAGCAGCGACAGCAAGGAGCCCCCGCUGGUGUUUGUUGGGAAAGGAAUCACGUUUGAUAGCGGCGGCAUCUCCAUCAAGCCAUCUGCCAACAUGGACCUCAUGAGGGCUGAUAUGGGAGGAGCGGCCACUAUCUCCUCGGCCAUCGUGACGGCGGCACAGCUGAAGAUCCCCAUCAAUCUGAUUGGUUUGGCACCUCUGUGUGAAAACUUGCCCAGUGGGAAGGCAAACAAGCCCGGAGAUGUCGUGAGGGCCAAGAGCGGGAAGACGAUUCAGAUCGAUAACACGGAUGCAGAGGGAAGGCUGAUCUUGGCGGAUGCUCUUUUCUAUGCACACAGCUUUAAUCCAAGGGCCAUCGUGGAUGCUGCGACAUUAACAGGUGCCAUGGAUAUUGCGCUGGGAUCUGCAGCCACGGGGGUUUUUACCAAUUCGAAAAAGCUGUGGGAUCAGCUGUACGAGGCUAGCGUUGUGACUGGGGACCGUGUCUGGAGAAUGCCUCUCUAUGAACAUUACACCAAGCAGGUGACGGAUGCUCCACUUGCUGAUCUCAACAACAUUGGGAAAUACAGAUCUGGUGGUGCAUGCACAGCUGCUGCCUUCUUGAAAGAAUUUGUAACCGCCCCUCACUGGGCUCACCUGGAUAUUGCCGGUGUGAUGGAAAAUAAAGACGAAGUGCCGUACCUUCGCAAAGGCAUGGCGGGGCGGCCCACGCGGACCCUAGUCGAGCUCAUCACCCAACUGAGCCGAGACAAGAAAAGCCUCUAGGAAGUGGCUAGAUCUACCAUUGUGUAACCACCAGCCUUAAAAAUCAGUUCUUUGGUUAAUCCUGGAACUGAUUCCGAAAUGAGCUAAUGUCCGCGUGGGUGUAGAUUGUCGACCAAAAUACGCCAAGGACAACACGGUGUUUGCUGCAAAUUAAAAAAAAAAAAAACCUUAUAAUGAUGGACUACAAAUUCAUUUGUAAAAGGCCCUCACCAAACAAAGAUCUCUUGUGUCCCCCCCCCUUUUUUUUUGUUAUGCCAACAAGACAUCUCAGAGCUGUUUUUGUACACUUAGUACUGACGCAGCGAUCGCAAUCAGACUUGGAAACCAGGACUAUAAAUCUGUCACAGGCAAUAAAUUGAACUGCGAAA